AUGGAGGAGGAGGAGGACGAAGCGCGGGGGCUCCUGGCCGGCGGCCCCGGCGAGGCCGGUAGCGAUGCCGCCGCCGCCGACCCCGGGCCGCUGCCCGCGCUCUGCGACCCCAGGCGCCUGGCGCACCGGCUGCUGGUGCUGCUGCUGAUGUGCUUCCUCGGCUUCGGCAGCUAUUUUUGCUAUGAUAAUCCCGCUGCCCUUCAGACCCAGGUUAAACGGGAUAUGCAGGUGAAUACCACAAAAUUCAUGCUGCUGUAUGCCUGGUAUUCUUGGCCCAAUGUAGUUUUGUGUUUCCUGGGUGGCUUUUUGAUAGACCGAGUAUUUGGAAUACGAUGGGGCACCAUUAUUUUUAGCUGCUUUGUCUGCAUCGGACAGGUUAUUUUUGCUUUGGGUGGAAUAUUUAAUGCUUUUUGGCUGAUGGAACUUGGAAGGUUUGUGUUUGGGAUUGGUGGGGAGUCAUUAGCAGUUGCCCAGAAUACAUAUGCUGUGAGUUGGUUUAAAGGCAAAGAACUGAACCUGGUGUUUGGACUCCAACUUAGCAUGGCUAGAAUUGGAAGUACAGUAAACAUGAACCUCAUGGGAUGGCUGUAUUCCAAAGUUGAAGCUUCGUUGGGUUCUGCUGGUCACACUACCCUUGGAAUCACACUUAUGAUCGGUGGUAUAACCUGUAUUCUUUCACUAAUUUGUGCCUUGGCCCUUGCUUACUUGGAUCAGAGAGCAGAAAGAAUUCUUCAUAAAGAACAAGGAAAAACAGGUGAAGUUAUUAAGCUAACUGAUGUGAAGGACUUCUCCUUGCCCUUGUGGCUCAUAUUUAUCAUCUGUGUCUGCUAUUAUGUGGCAGUGUUCCCUUUCAUUGGACUGGGGAAAGUGUUCUUUAUGGAGAAAUUUGGAUUUUCUUCCCAGGCAGCAAGUGCUAUUAACAGUAUUGUAUAUGUCAUAUCAGCUCCCAUGUCCCCAAUAUUUGGGCUCAUGGUAGAUAAAACAGGAAAGAACAUCAUCUGGGUUCUGUGUGCAGUGGUGACCACCCUUGCUUCCCACAUGCUGCUGGCCUUCACGCUGUGGAACCCUUGGAUUGCUAUGAGUCUCCUGGGACUCUCCUAUUCAUUGCUUGCCUGUGCAUUGUGGCCAAUGGUGGCGUUUGUAGUUCCUGAACAUCAACUGGGAACUGCAUAUGGCUUCAUGCAGUCCAUUCAGAAUCUUGGGCUGGCGAUCAUUUCCAUCCUUGCUGGCAUGAUACUGGAUACUCGGGGAUAUUUGUUUUUAGAAGUUUUCUUCAUUGCCUGCGUGUCUUUGUCACUUUUAGCUGUGGUCUUACUCUAUUUGGUGAACCGUGCCCAAGGUGGGAACCUAAAUUAUUCUGCAAGACAAAGGGAAGAAAUGAAAUUUUCUCAUGCUGAAUGA